CAGUUAACGAAGGCAGUGUAGCGCGACCAGUCGCUGUGUGCUUCAUAGGGAGAGGGGGAAUACUAGAUUUUUAUGGAUCCACUUCAACUAACGAAAGAGGUUGGCAUGUAAAGAUCUACACAGCUGCAGCAGGGAUUCGACCCAGUAUACGGAUUUAGUGAGUUACUCAACCUUUCGAUACCUCGCCGUUUCAAACCUCGGGCAAUGGCCGACGAUGGACCAAGUGUAAAUAUGACUGUGAAUGAGAAAUGCCCACCCAGAAGCGGCUCCGCUGCACAGCGUAAUGGACACUCCAUGAUGGACAGUGAAGAGUACGAUUCGGAUGAUUCCGUGAAUACCCCUUUGGAUUUCUCCAUGAAAGCACCGAAAGAGAAUGGUGUGUCCGAGCUUAAAAACGGUAAUUCUGACCAUGUGUCGGAUAGAUCUGAGUACCACAGAGCAGAGUCUGACCGCGUUAGUUACCGGUCACUCGACAUGAAUGAUGGAGACUCCAGGAGCUCGAAUUCGAGCGCUGACCCCAUCGGGGAGCCCAAACCUGUGACUCCCAGCAGCCUGAGUGGGGCAGCUUUCUCUAACCUUGCCAUGCUACCAGGUUUAAAAGCGGCAGGAAUUAUGCCCAAUGCCGGAUUCUUGGCCUCAUUACCAAACAUGUCAGCAUUCUAUGAUCCCCGAAAUUUACCCCAAGACAACCUGAAAGGUGCUCGCCCCUUCAAAGCCUAUCAGAAGGACGCCAUGUCUCUCCCUAUAGGAUAUUACGGUGUACCUGGCUGUGUGCCGCUUCCAAAUGUCGAUCAAAGUACGAUAGCAAAUAUCAAUAAAACUACUGAGGAGCUUUAUGAAAUGUAUAAACAACAAUUGUUAAAAAUUCACAACUUAGAGUCGAAGAAGCGUCACCGUGGUAGUGGGUUGUUAAGAGGGGACACCAAAUCUCCUCUGUCAGACUCUCCUGCCACACCUUCUCCGUCAGUCUCCUCCCCUCCUCCUCUGGUGCCCGACCCGUCCUCCGGGGCGCUGUCGACCUCCUCCCCGCCCACCUCUGGGGGCAAUACACCCCAAUCGUCUCGGGGCAGGAAGCGGGCACGGUCCCUGCCAGACGAGCAGAAAGACCAAGCCUACUGGGAACGACGGCGUAAAAACAACGAGGCAGCGAAAAGAUCCCGGGACACGAGGAGAGCGAAGGAAGACGAGAUAGCCAUUCGGGCGGCCUUGUUGGAACAGGAAAAUCUGAAGCUUCGGGUCGAAGUGGCCGCUCUUAAAACGGAAACGGCUAAGCUUAAAUGCUUGUUACAGAAUGGUAACUAAAAUGUGUCCGCGGCGACUUUGACUGAUGGAGGUGAGCUUUGGGUUCUCCACUGAUUCUCAGGGUGGCCUGACAUUCAGGUAUUAUUAUUCUCAGGUAUAAUUGUUCAGAUUUGUACUCUUUAGAUCCACGGUGUUUUAAGGCGGCAGUGGCUGAUGAAUGCGGGCGUGUUACA